UUUGGAAAAAAAAAGAAAAAGAAAACUCACACAGGCAAAGGACGGCGAGAAAAAGAGCGAGGGAAAAGUCGGGAGGGAAGCGAAAGUCAAAAAGCCAGAUGAAAAAGUUGGAUGCUGGGGAGAGAGCCAACCAAAGACCAGAAUAUUCCCUUUAAAUCAUGCCGCUGCACAAAUCCACCCGGGCCCCUCGCCUGGACCCCACCAUGAUCUCAGCCCCGCUGGGUGACUUUCGCCACACCAUGCACAUAGGGAGAGGAGGGGACGCCUUCGGGGACACCUCCUUCCUGUCCACCCUGGGCCCGUCCCAGGCCAGCUCCGACCAGGCCAGCUCAGGGACGAUGGCGGCCGCGGACUCCCAGGUGGCGGUCAACCACAGCGACCUUCAUUCAGACGCUCCGGGAAGCCCACAGAACAAUGAGCUCCAGCACUCAGAGUCAGUGUCUUCAUUCGACCUGGACCUGGACCUGGGCCCGUCUAUGCUGGGGGAUGUACUCGGGGUGAUGGACGGUUUGGGACUGGACUCCAAUGAGGAGGAUGUGUUCAAUCCCAAAAGUGCCACAUCCUCGGUGGAAACGAAACAGGGGAAAGCAGCCUCGGAGAUGUCUGUGGACAUGCAGAACGAGCUGAACGGAAAGAACUUGGUUGGGUUGGAUGGCAACCAGGUGGGAGACAGCCGGAUACCAGAUGGGAACGGGAUCAAGCCAAAGGGGUUACGACCAAAAGUGCGGUUCAGUGACAAACGAGAGGAGAUAAUUCGUCAAGCGUCGGAAGAGGAAGAGGGUCAGGGGUUUGACUUCCAGGACGAGGAUCAGCUGGCGUGUCAGAGUCCAACGAGGGGCGAGAGCACAGUAGGUGGAGGUGAGUUCACCAACCACAAAGUAGAUUUGCCUCCUAGUCCGGCCUCGUCACAUAGCUCAGAGUAUGAAGGAGUCACGUCAUUGGACAGGAGGAGGGUGGACAGCCACUCAGACACUGAUUCAGAGGAAGAGGAAGAGGAAGAGGAAGGACGGGGCUACACUUUUGAAGAUGAGUUUGAUGAUGAAAUUGGUCUAUAGGGGAAAGACACGGGUUCCCCUUAAACAGAUCUUUGCUGUCAACAAAAUCAAGUAUACUGUAUUUUCCUAAACUCAUCACUUCAGUAUAAUUUUAAUGGGAGGUUUAAAAAUGACGUAAACUGGAUUUUUAAAAAGAUUUACAGUUCGACGAUGUUGCUCAACUGGAAAAGACUUUGUGUUUUAUCUUUAAGGGUAACAGAUUUACAUUAGACUCAUUUUACAAAAUCAACAUGUCGUUGAGGUUAUUACAGUGAAAGAUUUGUAGCACUUUGAUUUAUUUCAUUCAUCUGGAAGCUUUGCUAUGAAACAGACUAAAUUAAUGACGCUUUACUUUUUCUUAUAUUUGCCAUCUGAAGCGCACAGAAACGGUGAGCCUCAUGUUAUAGUGCCUUAAAGAGAGCUGUAUUCUUACAUUAUUGUACCAUGUGCUAUAUCAGUGUCUUAAGAAUUGUUCCUCAUAUUGCAUGUUUAUAUUAUCCAUGUCUUCUCUUGAUGUUUAAUGCAUUUGACAAGCUUUACAAAAAGUCCCAGAGAAAUAAAAUAAAGUCAUCCUUUGUAUAAUUAAUUACUGUGAAUUUGUCACAUUCCAAAUCUGACAGUGUGUGUUUAUCUGCUUCAGAUCUCUUUUCUUAGUGCAGUUAUUUUUGCAUGUUUUCAAGUUACCAAAGCUUUUCUUUGGGCCGUGGGGCUUGACUUGUUCUUCAAGACAAUCAUGGGAUUUUAAGGUCAAUGAUUUGUAAAUCAGGACCAGCAGCGUAUUUUUGUACAUGUUCUUUGCUUGUAUAAUGCUUAUAUUUUUGAAAAAAAUAUUUUAUUUCAUGAUGCUGCAAAAGGGAGAGACCGUUAUGCUCAUGUGUUAAAAAAAUGCUGGUUUAAACACGUGUUAUCCUGUGGUUUAAUGAGGAUUACAGUGAAAACAAUAAAACAACUAUUGGGACUUUGAAA